AAUGGCGUUGACUAUUUGAAGGUGGCGUGGGAUACUCAGACAAUGCCGAGUGCUGACAUAACUUUCUCGCAUUUUCUUCCAUAGUCUUUGUCUUUCCAUCCAAUCAAACGGCACUUCCUCAUUAAUUUUCCCACUCAACUAAUAGUACUAGUACCAAAUUGGGGUAUGUGCUCGUUGGCAAUCUAAAAUUUUCCCACUCACAAAAAAUGGAAAUUGACUCCUCAGAAAGCUCCAAUUGGCUCUUUGACUAUGGCUUUGGAGACCCAUUUCCGUCUUCCAUCUCCGGUAGUUUCAGCUGGGCCCCACAACCCCUCAAUUGUUCCUUCAAUACCAGGUUGGGUGCGGAAGUGGAUUGCUCAUUUAGAGAUUCAGAUAGCCUCAAGGAAGUUGGUCAUCGGAAACGGUUGAGGCCUGAAUCAUGUAUUGCAUCUGCCUCAAAAGCAUGCCGGGAGAAACUGCGAAGAGAUUGGCUGAAUGAGAGGUUUCUAGAAUUGGGUUCUAUCCUGGAGCCUGGAAGGCCGCCCAAAACAGACAAGGCUGCCAUUUUGGCUGAUGCUAUUCGAAUGGUGACCCGGUUAAGAAGUAAAGCUCAGAAGCUGAAGGAAUCAAAUGAAAAUUUGCAAGUGAAGAUUAAAGAAUUGAAGGCUGAGAAGAAUGAGCUUCGUGAUGAGAAGCAGAGGCUCAAGGCAGACAAAGAGAAGUUGGAGCAGCAAGUCAAAGCAACAAGUACACCACAAUGCUUCCUGGCUCAUCCCACUGCAAUGUCGACUGCAUUUGCUGCCCAAGGGCAAGUUUCUAGCAACAAGUUGAUACCUUUUAUUGGUUACCCCAGUAUUGCCAUGUGGCAAUUCAUGCCACCUGCUGCAGUUGAUACAUCACGGGAUCAUGUACUACGCCCUCCAGUUGCUUAAAAUGGAAGGCCUUCCAUGGUUUGGCUCAUAAUACCAUUUACCUGUAAUGCUAGGAUGCUUUUUUUUUUUUUUUUUUUGGGGUUAUUGAUUUCAAUUGCUUGUGUGUUUUUAGUUUCAUGUACUGUAAAGAAAUAUAAUUUAUUAGGAAGCAAUCCCAUUUUAUUGCUUAGAGGAAAAGACAUUUCAUGUCAUGAGUUAAUCAUAUGGAACUCUUGUAGUGAUCUCACAUGUCCUAGUAUAGUGCAAUGUUGUAUAUACCAUAUUGGUACAGAUUGGACAUAGGAAUGAUAUAUUUUGGUUCCGAUCUGUAUCAUUUUAGGAUUAUUGUAUAUAUUCACAAUAUGGAGUCGAUUUCUUUUGCAUCA